UCACACUGUCUUAUAGUUCUCCUAACAUAACCUCUAUAGCGAAAGUGUGAUAAUUCGGCUGAUCUGGCACUGAAAGUAUUCGUGUGUAAUAAGUUUAAUUUGUAUAAACAAAUUAAUAAUUAUCUAAGGACAGUAAUUUAAAGAAGGAGAUAGAGAAGUACAUCUUCUCCAGGUCCAGGUUACGUUAUACGAGAUAAGGUUAUGUGAUUAUGCACGAGUAAUUUAUAAAUCAACACGCGAGAUGUUGAAAACGCUUAGAUUUGGUCACAGAUUCUGCCGGGUCCGUUGCGGAUCUGAGAAUCUCGGGACACGAGUGCAAAGGCGAUUAUUCCUGUCGGAAGCGUAUCGUUGCGAGGAGGCAUGGAGCCGCAGACUGGAGUCGCCGCUGUUGCAAAAAAUCGACCCGAUGACGAUGUAUAUUCAGCUGGAUCAGAAGUACGGGAACGUCGGCAAGGUGAGCGCCGUCGAUGUUGACAUCUUUAUUAAUAGCAUCACUGACGAUACGUACAUGAACGAGAUGCUAAAGAUCCUGCACAAUCUCAGGCAGUCUGUGGAAACAACAAAUAUCCUUGACUCCACGCACCAUGCCGUGAUACGGUACUUAUUGCAGUACAAUUACAUCCAAGAGCUGCACGAGGUGUUGAACGAUAGACUCAAUUACGGCAUCUUUCCUGAUUACUUCGACUACAACAUGCUUAUGGACCACUUCAUUAAGAAGGAGGAUUAUGCCUCUGCUGCCAAGGUGGCAAGUUUAGUCAUGUUGCAGGAAGACACAAGUCAUCCUAUCACCAAUGCACUGUGCCUGUACUCAUGCCACAGGUAUCUGGAAAAUCCUGAUGAUUGGAAGAAACCUGAGCCUCUGGUAGAAGACACCUCAAAAGAAGAGGUGAAGAUACGUGUAAGAUAUCUGAGAAAUCCAUAUUUUGAUGACCAUUUUGACCUCACUGAUCCAAAGGAUCUUGUUGGCAAGACCCUGAGCUUUCAGGGGAGGCAUAGGAUAGACGCUAUAGGUAGAACUUGUCAGUUGAGAGGCUUAAUAUUGUACAAGAAGUAUGACGAUGUAUUAAAUUUGAUAAAGAAAUGGUUAGAAAUGAUGCAAGACAAGAUAGUUUAUGAAGAAAUAUUUGAAUUAAUCUUAAAAGAUAACAGUGAACUUCAGGAUCAAGAUGCUGAAAAGUUCAAACUUGUAGAGGCCCAAUUAUCUGUGUUGAAGGAGAAACAAAAUCUUAAGGAGAGUUUUAUCGAAGCACUAGAGAAUCUUGUGAAAGUGGCUGUAAACAAGGAGGCUGAAAAUGAUAUAUCCAAACAAUGUCAGGCUUAUCUUGAUUGGGAGCAUGAAAGAAUUUCUAUAUUAGAAACACAAAAGAAGGCAAUAGAUAGAGAAAGAAGAAUUAGUAAUAUAGAGAAGAUAAAGAAGGAUUUGGAAGAGCGAGAACAACUUUUAACAUUCUUUGACAGGGAAGAAGAAAUUGAAUUGCAAAUAGAGAAGAUACAGGAAGAGGAACGCAAAGAAGACGAACGUAUCCGCGCCAUGCCCAAGAGUGCAAAGAAAUUAAGACAGUUGGUUGCUACAGAGACAUAUGUACCACCAGAUGUUAAAAGAUAAAAAAGUGUACCAUAAAAUAAAAAGAGGUAGGACAUAUGUAUGUGCGUGUAUAAAGGAUCAAAAUGAAAAGAAAUUAAUGGAACAGUUAUAUCAUUGGACUUUGAUAUUAUAUAUGUUUCUCCACAUAACUUAUGAACGUUUUUAAGGAGAGUAUGUAUAAAAUAUUAAACAUUGAUUUUUACCAUUA